AUGUCGCGAAUCUACCUUCUGCCACACCUCCUUCCAUCCAAACCCGGCCUGGACACUCACGGAAUGCGGCACCCCAAGGCCAACACCAUUCAGAGAGUGUUUAAGAUGAGUUUUGUUCCUGUCGGCUUCUGGCAAAGGUUUAUAGCACGGAUGCUGAUCAGCCUGGCGGAGAUGGACCUGCAGCUUUUUGAAAACAGGAAGAAUACUAAAAGCAGACACAGGAAAGUCACCAUUUAUAGUUUUACAGGAAGCCAGAGAAAUCGCUGCAGCACAUUCAGAGUGAAAAGAAAUCAGACCAUCUACUGGCAGGAAGGGCUCCUGGUCACUUUUGAUGGGGGCUACCUCAGUGUGGAAUCCUCAGAUGUGAACUGGAAAAAGAAAAAAAGCGGAGGAAUAAAAAUCAUUUGCCAGUCAGAAAUGAGGGACUUCUCUGCCAUGGCUUUUAUCACAGACCAUGUCAACUCCCUGAUUGAUCAGUGGUUUCCCGCCCUGACGGCCACAGAGAGCGACGGGACCCCGCUCAUGGAGCAGUAUGUUCCCUGCCCCGUGUGCGAGACCUCCUGGGCCCAGCACACGGACCCGAAUGAGAAAGCAGAGGGCGUGCAGUACUUCGACAUGGAAGACUGCGUGCUCACAGCCAUUGAGCAGGACUUCAUCUUCUGCCCCAGACACCCCGACCUCCCCGUGCCUCUCCAGGAGCUGGUUCCCGAGCUGUUCAUGACCGACUUCCCAGCCAGGCUCUUCCUAGAAAACAGCAAGCUGGAGCACAGCGAGGACGAGAGCAGCGUCCUGGGCCAGGGCGGAAGCGGCACCAUCAUCUACCGGGCCCGGUACCAAGGCCAGCCUGUGGCGGUGAAACGGUUCCAGAUCAAGAAAUUCAAGAACUUGGCCAACGCCCCAGCGGACACCAUGCUGAGGCACCUGCGGGCCACGGACGCCAUGAAGAACUUCUCGGAGUUCCGGCAGGAGGCCAGCAUGCUGCACGCCCUACAGCACCCCUGCAUCGUGUCGCUCAUAGGCAUCAGCAUCCACCCUCUCUGCUUCGCCCUGGAGCUCGCCCCUCUGGGCAGCCUCAACACUGUGCUGUCUGAGAAUGCCAAAGAUUCUUCCUUUAUGCCCCUGGGACACAUGCUCACCCAAAAAAUAGCCUACCAGAUUGCCUCCGGCCUGGCCUACCUGCACAAGAAAAACAUCAUCUUCUGUGACCUGAAGUCGGACAACAUUCUCGUCUGGUCUCUUGACGUCAAGGAGCACAUCAACAUCAAGCUGUCGGACUACGGGAUUUCACGGCAGUCAUUUCAUGAGGGUGCCCUCGGCGUGGAGGGCACCCCCGGCUACCAGGCCCCGGAGAUCAGGCCUCGCAUCGUGUAUGACGAGAAGGUAGACAUGUUCUCCUAUGGAAUGGUGCUCUAUGAGUUGCUCUCGGGACAGCGGCCAGCACUGGGCCACCACCAGCUUCAGAUUGCCAAGAAGCUGUCCAAGGGCAUCCGCCCUGUCCUGGGACAGCCAGAGGAGGUGCAGUUCCAUCGGCUCCAGGCCCUCAUGAUGGAGUGCUGGGACACGAAGCCUGAGAAGCGACCGCUGGCCCUGUCGGUGGUGAGCCAGAUGAAGGACCCGACCUUUGCAACGUUCAUGUACCAGCUACCCUGCGGGAAGCAGACCACCUUCUUCUCCUCCCAAGGCCAGGAGUACAUGGUGGUGUUCUGGGACGGGAAAGAGGAGUCCAGGUAAUGUCCCGAGGUUGGCUGUGCCCUGCUAGUAUCGGUGGGGGGGGACUGUGGAAUUGGGGAGCAGGCAGGGAUGACCAUGGUGAGAAAUGUCUAGUGGACAGUGGGUUAAAAGCCUGAUGGAGUUCGCUCCAGAGAGAAAACUUGAGUCCACACAAAUAGAUAGGCAUGUAGGCAUUUGUGGUUAAAAGAAGCAAAGAGAAGAUGGGGUCUGCCAGGGUG